AGUUGACAAUUGCACUGGGAAGGCUCUUUAGAAACAGAAGAGAAGUAGUAGAUGUAUGAUUGGGAGCUAAUAAAGGCAUUGGAUACAUUGGAGUGAGAGGGAAGGGAGGGGGCGCCAGAGGUUGGGAGAUGAGGAUUUCCUGUAGGAGCGGACAGACAGGCUGCAGUCGCUGGGAGAAGCUCGGCGCUCAUUCCAAACGACUGCUCUCAACUUGCCACUUCUCUCUCAUUCUUGAUCUGGAUUCAAUUGCUCUGCCCACAGCUCCUGCCCAGGCAUCUCUUGGCCCUGCUGGGAGGAGUGCGAGCACACGCUAUAGGAACUCGCGGAGGAUGUGGUCGCACUGAACAUGCAGCAACAUAUUUUGUCCGUGACUUCAGCAGUAGAGGAAGUGCGGCGGCGAAGAGCAGAUAAAAACUGAAGCAGCUCCGCUGGGACUUAGCGCCAAGUACAACUGCCAACCGAUCAACUGCGCCCAACUGCAAACUUUCGCCUGUUGCGCCUCCCUGCUAUGCGAGUGACUGCCGGCUGCUGACUGUCACACGUCUGUGCGCUGGGAGGGAGCACUUUCAGCACCAACAACAAUGGGCUGUGGGCUAAAUAAAUUAGAGAAAUUGGAUGACAAAAGGCCAGGGAACAUCUAUUCUACCCUGAAGCGACCGCAUGUUGAAACUAAGAUUGAUGUGGCUUAUGAAUAUAAAUAUGUCGACUUCACAACAUUAAGUCAAGCUGAAGCCCCAAAUCUCGGUGCUAUCCGUCUCUCCUCUCUGCGUGAGCUCCCUGCCCAGCUGAGAGAGCUGUACCAGCAGGGCUUCACCGUGGCAGCGCUACACCCUUUUGUGCAGUCCUACGAUGGGGCAGAGAGCAUUCCUCAGGAACAGGUCUUCAGGGCAGUACUUAUAAAGACAGUCGAAAGAAAUUCACAAAAUGAUUUUAACAGUGAAGAAUAUCGUUUGGAAACGGAAUUGUGUUUGUCUCCAGACCAACCUGCAGAUCAAACAAUAAUACCAGACCUUGUGAAAAGAAUUGAAGACGCAGCCAGCCAAGGAUCAAAGUUUGCCGGGAUCAUACAGGGAUAUUGCACAGCUCCAAACCUGCCGUACAGUCCCUCUGACAGUUUGAGCCAUUGCAGUUCUCCAUUAUUUACAACUGCAAAAAAAACAUUCAGUGAUACAGAAGACGAUGUUUCAGUGGAUACAGACAAGCCAGACGGCACUAAUGGGAAUGCCUCCCUAGCAGCACAUGGGGAAAGUGCUGAGCACAGCAAGGUACUGGAAGGUGAAGGACCAGACACUGGAAAAGAAAAGCAAGAGUCUGCACUUAAGGAUAAAGGCGAUCAGACAGCAAAUCUCAAUUUCAGUAUAUCAGCGGAGGAUGUUUUUAUUCAGGACAAGAUAACUAAAGCCGACUCAGGCAUACAUGACAACUGUAAUAUUAAAUCAAGUGAAGUUUUGGCUAUUUUUAAUAAGCCCUUAAAUCAGCAACGAUACAGAAAAUACUACACCGUUAAUAUUCCAAUGAAAAUCUCCAAGGAUGGAAAUACUGUUAACGGUUUGGAAGCUAACUGGCUGGAGUACAUGACCGACCAUUUCCGGAAAGGAUGCUCACUAGUCAAUGCGGUCUUUUAUCUUGGAAUGGUAAAUGAAAUCUCAUCUGAAUGUACCGAUGGAGUGUUUAUAUUUGAAGACUUUCCUGAGCAAGAUCCAAAAAUCAUAAAGCGCUAUGAUGCUAUUGUUGUAGAGCAAUGGACCAUAUUACAAGGUUUCGAAGUGCACACAGACUACAUGCCGCUCUUGAAUUCUUUGGCCGUUUAUGGAUGGCAGCUGACGUGUGUUCUUUCUACUCCCAUAGUAAAAACCAGCAGGGAUGGGAAUGUCACUACCAAGCAGAUUGUAUUCCUGCAGAGACCAGCCCUUCCCCAUAAGCUGAAGAAGAAAGAAUCAAAGUUUCAGUGGAGGUUCUCCAAAGAUGACAAGCAUAGCAGGCAAUCUAAGAAAGGAAAGGGAAAUUCCAAGGAAAAUCAGCACAAGGAAGGCAACGACUUCGACAGAAACAGAAAAAAUGAGGAAUUGCUUAAAAGUGAGGAUCCAGAAGAAGCCAAUGUUCAUGUAAACCACUUGUUGGAAGGUGAAAUGCAAAGCAAGAUUAAUGAUCUCAGCGAGGAAAUAUUAGCCUCAAACAGUCCUGAAAGCAACGAGGAGACAUAUGAAAAUAAUCAAACACACAAUGCCUUUUUACAUGCAGAAGAAAUAAUGGAGGACAGUAGGGACAUUGACUUAGCAAGUACUGAGCAACAACAAAAAGAAAUGUUCACUGAUGGGUCUGCUGAUCUAGAAAAGGAAAUGGCAGUUGCUCAAGAUGACACUGAAGUGGGCCUAGAGGCAGAGUGUCUGGAGCAAGAAGGGAAAUCCACCUAGCACCUAACAUUACUGGAAGACUUGCUGAGCACUUUUAAACUGCCAUUUACAAUAUUUGGUUACCUGAUGAAAUUUUUAAUCUGAUAUGGUAUUCAACUUGCACAUGUACCUUCAUAUUAUUCCCAAGUGGCAGCUAAGAGGGCACCAAAGCAGAGUUGUUUAAUGAUGUAUAAAGGUGCCCUCCAUUCACAGAUCCAUCACAUGUCCUAGAUAUACAUGAUUACAUUAUCUGCACUAGUUAAAGCCCAACCUGUUCUGUGUAAAGCCUCGGACAGAGUUGCACUUCAUAUGAUUUUGAUCAUUUUCUGUUAUGUACAAAGAAAUGUUCAGUGUUAAAAAGAUUUAACU